AAUGCGUUCCCUGUAGUGGGAGUGGUUUCUAGUCUUGCAGGCCCCCCCCUUAGCCAGCGCUGCAGUCUGUUCGGUGGCUAAUAACAGUUCACACCAGUUAGCUAUAGCGUUGUCGUCGCUGUGGAUUGACAGAGGUUUUUAUACUGCUGUAAUGCCAGUGACAGAUCACAUAUCUUCAGAUCCCCCUGCUGACCGAUGAGGGUUCAUCACCCACAGCCAUCAUGGAAGACUUUACUGCUGUAAGAUGGGGUCUGAACGUAUCUCACAAUGCCUCUCCUGCCCCUCCCAGUAUGUCCAUCGACCGACUCUUCCCAGCACUCCUGGAGUGUUUUGGGAUCAUUCUGUGCGGGUAUGUCGCUGGGAGAGCGAACAUAAUCACAUCCACACAGGCCAGGGGUCUGGGGAACUUUGUGUCCAAGUUUGCAUUGCCUGCCCUGCUCUUCAAGAACAUGGUGCUGCUGGACUUCGGCAACGUCAUCUGGGCCUUCCUGUGGAGCAUCCUUAUAGCCAAGGUGACAGUGUUUGUCAUAGUAUGCUCUCUGACACUGCUUGUCACCAGCCGAGAAACUCGCUUCGGCAAGGCCGGUCUCUUCUCCAUCUUUGCCACCCAAAGCAAUGACUUUGCACUUGGUUACCCCAUAGUGGAGGCUCUAUACAAGAACACGUACCCAGAGUACCUGCAGUACAUCUAUCUGGUGGCACCAGUGUCCCUCAUGAUCCUGAACCCCAUUGGUUUUGCCUUCUGCGAGAUCCAGAAGUGGCGGGAGAGUGAGGACCAGCGACAAAGCAAGAAGCAGAUUGUGGGCCAGGUGCUUCUGCAGGUUUUAAAGAACCCCAUAGUGUUCAUGGUGAUCCUGGGCAUCGUCUUUCACUUCCUCCUGGGCCAACGAGUACCCACUUUCAUGGAAGAGUUUGUGGAUGGUCUGGCCAAUUCCUUCGGAGGGGCGGCACUGUUCUACUUGGGCCUGUCCAUGGUGGGCCAACUGAGGAAGCUGACCCGGUCGUCUGUCAUUGCUCUGAUCCUGCUCAUCACUGCCAAGUUGUUGGUGAUGCCGUUAAUCUGCAGGGACAUGGUCGAGCUGCUGGAUACAGGCAACACCAGUUCCCUCAACCACAGCAGCCUCUCCAACUUUGCCUUUCUCUACGGAGUCUUCCCCACGGCUCCCAGUGUGGCCAUCUAUGCAGCCCAGUACAAUAUGGAGCUAGAAGUUGUUACCUCAGGGAUGGUAAUAAGCACCUUUCUUUCCGCUCCAAUCAUGUAUGUUUCUGCUUGGCUGUUGACAAUCCCAUGGAUGGACCCAAAGGAAUUAGCAUCUGCACUGCAGAAUGUUGGCUUCAAUGUCAGCAUUGUCAGCUUAGUGGCAGUGGUGUGGACUGUCAGCGUAAUGGUCUUGAGUAAGAAGUACAGAAGACUCCCGCAUGUGUUCACCAUGAACCUGUUUCUGGCACAGUUUCUUGUUUGUAUCAGUAUGAUUCUGUGGAACUUCAUUGUGGAGCAGGACAACUUUAUCGGACAAGUAUUGACCUUCGCUCUGCUGUAUGGCUCAAUUUACAGCACCUAUGUCUGGACAGGUCUGAUUGCUUUUUCCCUUGCACUGAUGAAGAGGGACGAUGAACUGAAAGUUCAGCCAGGGAUCUUCAUGACUCUGGGCUGGGGAGUUCCUGUGCUGGUUGUGGGAGUCCUUCUUAUUGCUGGAGAGAAGACACCUGAUAACAUAGACUCUGCCUUCUUUUACGGAAGAUCCCAGGUUAUCAGCACUGCAGUGGUGCUAGCCUCCAGUAUUCUUCUGGGGGGCUGCUCUUUGACAGGCCUCAGCCGGGGCAUCCAGGAAAGCAACUACCAGGCUUUGGACCAGGGCUUGGUCUCAGGCACCAGGGAGGACCUGAGGCCCCAGAACAGCUCAGAGAACCAGGUCACGUCAGAGUGUGCAGCCGUGGGGAGCAAUGAUCCUCCAGAGUGCCAUACUUGUGACUGUGUUCAGCCUGAACACACGCCUGACAUGAUUGUCAGCCCCAGCAUAAGCGACCUAGCAUCCAUAAACGCAGAUCAGUGUGAGGAGAGCUGCCAGUCCCCUCGCUGCUUUCUGGCCCCUGAGGAGGAACCGGUGUCUGACAGGCAGGUGGCCCGACAUGUGCUGCUGUGCCUGCUUCUCACCAUCUGCCAGCUGGCUAAUCUGUCCAGCUGCCUGUGGUGGCUGUUUGACCGUGUCCCUGGGAGACUGUACUUAGAGCUGCAGUUUUUCUGUGUUGUGGCCAAUUAUGGACAGGGAUUCAUUUCAUUUGGAAUCUUUGGAAUGGAUAAGCAUUUGAUAAUCCUCCCAUUCAAAAAGAGGUUAGUGAGUCUUUGGCAAGGCAGGGAGCGGGUGGAGGAGUCACAGGCGGCUGUUCCUGAGGAGAUUCGGCUGACCUGCACCCAGUUUGUGCGGUACCACAGGGAUCAAUGCGUGCAGGACAUCAUGAAGAAGAGGAGGUGUGGGGAGGGGACUGUGGUGGAAACCUUUCUGGGCAGCGAGCUGGUGGACUGGCUGCUACGGGUGGGCCUGGCACAGGACCAGGGUGAGGCACUGCUGUACGGACAGAAGCUGAUGGAGGGCAGGGUGCUCCACGGCGUGGCCCACGAGUCCGGCUUCUGGGAUGACGGCCUGCAUUACCGCUUUUCCGACAGGGGAGAGCCAGAACGAUAGGGCUCCUGCGGGAAGCUUCCCCCCGUCACAUGACACUGGAGGUCAUCGGAUCAGGGAUCAUCGGCCAAGAGCUUUCAGAUAGAAUUGACUUCACGAUGGACUACUUCUUAACAUAUUAACCCUUUUUGCAUGGAAAAAUGCAGUAUGUAUUAAACAUUACAUUUAAAAACAGUCUAACAUACUCUCUACUGUCCUUGGUCUAAAAUAAGAAAGAGCCAUGCCUAUGAAAAUGAACCCAUAGGCAACUUCAGUAACAUUCAGGAUGAACAUCAUGGCAAUGAAUGUAUGGAUGAAUCUUGCAAGGCCUGCAUUCAGUAUUCAGAGAGUGUAUUGUGUUGCAUAUGAACAAUAUGAGAAAGGAAAACCAAAAGUGGUUUUCAGGUAAGCCAGUUGCAGUUUGAGGUUCAAGUUGCAUUGCAGACUCCUUUUGGAGUCGAGAGUUGUUAGAUGGCUGAGUUUUGAAUAUCCAGAUCCUGUCUUCAGUCUUCCACCCACUCACCUGUCCUCCAUCAGAUAUUCCAUCCACAGCACUGUGUAUGUAAGACAGUCCUACCAGACACCUGUCCUCCAAAAAGCUUCUGCAAUGCAAGAUAGACACCUCUGUCUGCCUGCCCACUCACAGGAUUUUAAUUUAUCAAUGACGAAUAUGACCACUUGCACUCCUUCAUAUAAAGACAAUUUAAAUGUGACAUAUUCUAAGACCUGUUAGGCACAUGAACACUCCAUAUUCAUGGAGAUAAGACUUUUAAGAGCCACAUAAUUUUUCUGUGGAUUCCAUUGGUCGUUUACCCAUUAAGACUUUAAUUUUAAGAAACAUCAUAAUUUGAAUUUGGACCAAAACCAUUGUUGCCAAUUAGUAGCUGAACUCAGGUCUGUUUAAAAUAGUGUUUCAAGGUCUUCUUGCUAUAGGUGGUAUACUACUGGGAGAAUUUGUUUUCAAAGCUUAUUUUGUUCAAGGGAACAAUCAUCUGGGAAUGAGCGAUGCACAAUGUUUUCUAAAGGAAAUUUUCCCAGCUGCUGUACCUGUGCUUGUCUUGGUUGUCUGGAUUGUCUUGGUUCACAAGAAUAAUACUGAUAGAACCUCAGGAAGGCUGAAUGUUUCUUGCAUCUCAGUGAACUGUAUGAAGUAAGGGUUUCUCGUUUUGUGUAAAUUGUGCAAGAUAGGUAAAGGAAUACUAUGCAGUAUCUCUUUCCUCACUUCCCUCCUGUUCUACUUGUUCUUCUACCUGUUCAAUUCAUUGUCGCUUUUAUUUUUAUCAGACAUCUAGUCCUCUAAAAGUCUGGGAGUCUUAUGGAUUUAGGCAUGAGUUCCCUCCCCAGGAGAGGAAAUAAGCCGGUAGAAUCUCCCAAAAAUAUCAACGGUAGUACUGUGCAGUGGGACCCAGCUAUCAUGGCCCACCAGCUGACGUACAAAACUGAAUUUACAGUAUUACAGUACCCUCCCAUUACCUCCCAAUUUAUUUAUUUGCCUCUGUACACCACAGAUUUCUAAUGAAAAAAAAUCAUGUGGUUCAACUGCACAUUUUUAUACAUUUUGGCUUCACCAUAUAGAAAUUACAGCAGUGUUUAUAUGUAGUCCCCCCCCCCCCCUUUUAGGGCACCAUAAUGUUUGGGACACAGAAAUAUUAUGGAAAUUAAGGUAGUUAUGUUUAGUGUUGUUGAAUAUCCUUUGCAUGCAAUGACUGCUUGAAGUCUGCGAUUCAUGGACAUCACCAGUAGAUGGGCGUCUUCUCUGGUGAUGCUCUGCCAGGCCUGCCAUCUUUUUUUUUUUUUUUUUUUUUCAGGGGCUAGUUCCCUUAAAUGUUCUCUUCUGCAUAUGAAAGGCAUGCACAAUUGGGUUCAGAACAGGUGAUUGACUUGGCCACUCAAUAAUUGACUAUUUUUUAGCUUGGAAACCUUUGUUGCUUUAGCAGUAUGUUUGGGAUCAUUGUCUUGCUGCAGAAUGAACCGCCAGCCAAUACGUUUUAAAGCAUUUGCUUGAACUUGAGCAGAUAGGAUGCGCCUAUACACUUCAGACCUUUUUCCAGAACUGUGAUUGCUCUUAAGUACUUCUAUGCAUACUAACCGGGCCAUCCUUUUCUUGCAGCUAAUCAGUGGUUUGAGGAAAAAAUUUGGGGAAAACACAGUAUGUUGAGUUUUUCAGAGCACAUCUUGGCAUGAGGGUGUCAGUAUGCCUUACUUGUAAAAGCAAGCGUUAUUCAAAAUAAUUUAUACCCUCUGCUGUCCGACUACUUAAUGCCAUAUAACACUUCUUUUGUGCAUUGCAACAGUUUGUUUUAUUUAUGCUUAUUUAUUAAGAGUUAGGAGGUCUUACAUAGCUGCCCCCCUUCUUUCUUUUUUUUGUAUGUAUGUGUAUUGUUCAUGUAUUGUUCGGUGUUACUGUGAGCUGUCAUGUGUAAUUGCCAUUUUAGGGAUUAAUGAAGUUUUGACUGGAAUCUUGCUGUACAGCCUCUAUAUUUCUGUUCAUAAAGUCUUCUGUGAACAGUGGUCAUUGACAAAUCCA